UGCAGCUGGACGGCGGAGCGGGUCACGGUGCACCGGGGAUGACCAGAUGCUGCUCGUGACAGCGGUGUCGGAGCAAGAAUGAACGCCUUCAGUAAGUGUGGAGAUGUACGUGGAAGGUCUGUGGUCUGCGCGGGGUGGAACAAUGCGCUGUUGUGCAUCCUGGCUCCGCGAUGGUGUCACCUCUGCGCGCUUUUCCCUCUGGUAUCACAGGGGGCACUGGCACAGGAGUGACACGGAAUUUACACGCGUGCGGGUAUCAGAAUAAACGUGGAAUUAGAGGAAACACUGUCAUGGAGAAACAGAGUAAAAUGAAGGAGGAAAUGCUGACGAAGCGCAAAGAGAAGAAACCCAAACCUGGGAAGCUUUUCCGAAAGAAAUCGUUGAAGUCUGUGGGGAGUUUUAUGAACAGAAUCAUCAAGACUUUAGGCACUUUCACCCACUUUGGUGACGGGGACACGCAGGACGCGGAGGAUGACGACGGUGGGUUUGGGAAUGGCGCACCUUGCACCCUCAGCGCCAACUCAGGUAUUAUCAAAGAGGACGCACAGGUGUCAUGGGACCGGCUGGUCCAAAACACCUCCAGCACGUCCUCCUCCAUCUGCACCGGCAGAGAGAAACUCCUCUACCAAUACGGGGACAAGAUCCCCGGGGUCCUGGGGCUGAAGAACCACGGGAACACCUGCUUCAUGAACGCCGUGGUCCAGUGUCUGAGCAACACGGACCUCCUGGCAGAGUACCUGGGUCUGGAGCGGUACAAGCUGGACCUGAGUCAGGGCGGGAUAAACGGGCUCUUGAAAACGGAUGACACCAGGCUGGCCAAGGGAGAAGUCACAGACAAGUUGGCAUCUCUAGUCAGGGCUCUGUGGACUCUGGAGUACACGCCACAGCUGUCCGUGGACUUCAAGACUAUAGUAUCCAAAUAUGGAUCCCAGUUUCGAGGUAAUUCCCAACAUGAUGCCUUGGAGUUCCUCCUGUGGCUGCUGGACCGUGUCCAUGAAGAUGUCAAUCUGGCCUCCCACAACAACAACAACAAGAUCAAAGCGCCUGGAAAGGGCCCAGGUGGAACUGAGGAGAUGCUGCCUCCUGACCCGUCCCAGUCCCAGUCCCAGUCCCAGUCCCAGCAGCCCAGUCUGCAACACAGCUUUGUUCAGGAGCAUUUCCAGGCGCAGUACAAAUCAUCCCUGACGUGUCCUCACUGUCUGAAACAGAGCAACACCUUUGACCCGUUCCUCUGCAUCUCACUGCCCAUUCCUCUUCGACAGACGAGGCCGCUGUGUGUGACUCUGGUGUUCAGCACUAAAGGACAGCGGUACCUUCGGGUCGGCCUGGCCGUGCCUCUCUUCGGUUCUGUGGCCUGUCUUAGGAGGAUGGUGGCUGACGAGGGGAAACUCUCCCCAGACCAGGUGAUCCUGACAGAGGUCUACUCCACAGGGUUCCAACGCUCCUUCUUUGAUGAGGAGGAUCUAACCAGCAUAGCUGAGAAUGAUGUCAUCUACGCUUUCCAGGCUCCUCCUCUCUACAUCAGAGGAGGCUCUGCACGGAUCUCAGGGUACCAUCACAGUUUGCCGUCGUCCCCGUACUCCACCGGUCCCGAGGGUCAGAGGUUACCAUCACAUGGGGCGCUGUCGUCAGAGUUCCUCAACCAGGGCCUCCCGGUUAAGAUUCUCCUGCUUGUGUGUAACGCUGCAGGGUCAGGCCAACAAGUAGUGAGGUUUGGACCUCCAUUCCUAAUGAGGGAGGAUCGGUCUAUUUCCUGGGACCAGCUGCAGCAGAGCAUCCUCAGCAAGCUUUAUUACCUGAUGAUCAAUGGAGCCCCGGCGCAGAACACCCGAGUGCUGUUUAACAUCCGUGUGGUGGGAGGAUCUGCAUUUUACAGCUACUUGUCACCGCAGGAUGGCCGGCCACUCUACCACCCUGCUGUCGACAGGGCUCUGAAGUUGUGCUGUCUAGGAGGUCCUCCACAUGUGAAGCUCAUCAUCGAGUGGGAGCACAGAAUUAAAGACUGUCUGUUUGGUAAUAUUCAGGAGGAGGUGGUGAAGGAUGCAGAGAGUGUGAGGAAUCAGCAGCAGCAGCAUGUCCAGCAGUACAGCUGCACCCUGGACGAGUGCUUCCAGCUCUACACCAAAGAGGAACAGCUCGCUCCAGAUGAUGCGUGGAAGUGCCCCCACUGUAAGCAGCUGCAGCAGGGCAUGGUGAAGAUGAGCCUGUGGACCCUCCCGGACAUCCUCAUCCUUCACCUGAAGCGCUUCAGGCAGGUGGGAGAGAGGAGGAACAAGCUCACCACGUUUGUACAUUUCCCCCUGGCGGGCCUCGACAUGACGCCACAUAUGGUGAACCGCAACCACGUUACCCAUCAGUACCCACUCCAGCCAGGGUGGAAACCGCCCAGGCGCCCACCAGACCUUGCUCCUCCUGACUUCCUGUAUGAUUUGUACGCUGUGUGCAACCACCAUGGAGGGAUGCACGGUGGACAUUACACAGCCUUUUGUAGGAACUCAGUGGAUGGCCAGUGGUACAGCUAUGAUGACAGCAGCGCUGAGCCUGUUCCAGAGGGGGAGGUGUGCACACGUGGAGCUUACAUCCUCUUCUAUCAGAGAAGAAACACCAUCCCCCCCUGGUCUGCCAGUUCUUCAGUCACCGGCUCCACCAGCUCAUCCACCUCUGACCACUGGUUGGUUCGGCUGACAGGGGGCAGUAAAAGAGAUAGUUUGGUGUCUGGAGGACCCAACCCCGGACCCCCAGGGACCACACAAACCCCAGAGUCGCCUGAGCUGCCAGUGUUUGGGGAUGAACCCACCAGAUGUGCAGACACAAAUGGGUUUGAUGCCAAACCGUUUGUUCGUGGAACCCAAGGCAGGAGUGUAAGUAUGAGAUCACCCACUAAACCCAAGGAAACUCUGAGCAAAGUUCUUCCUCUGCGGUGGUCCUUCGGCUCCAAGGACCGCAUGAAGAGCACAGUCCACACCCAGUCAGGAGAGCUGGUGGAGUACCUGGAGUCUGGACGCCGCCCAAGAUGUACCAAAGACCCAAUCAUAACGCUGGUGGCCACUCCACCACAGAGGACAGCCCAUGGAAGGGCCUUUGAAGCAGCACAUGACUGCAGCUCGCCCAGUGGCAGCAGCAUCAGCUGCACCGACAGGCCCAGCUCUGACACCUGUUACUCCCCCAAAAUCCCAGAAGGACAGAGCAGACCGUGUGAAGAAAGAAGCAACAGCAACAUCAAAUUAAGGGAUGAUGGUUCCCUGAGGCAGAGGUCAGUGAAAAGAGCACGACAGGACCAGGGCAGGACCCUGGACUUCCAGUUUCAGAGAGGCCUCAUUCUGGGGGGUCAUAUCAGCCACAGUGCCCCCCCAAGCAGAGACUCCACCCUCAGAAGAACCAAGGUUCAGACUAUGGCCACCUCCAGACCACACAAAGACCUGCUACAGAUUCAGUCUGAUGACCGGAGUGGGCAAAAGGGACAAGAAGGCCGGAGCCAUGACAGCCUUUUGUCAUUUUUCAAACCAGGCUUCAUGAAGAAAGACAUCCCUCGGUCACCAGUCAAAGGACAAGAACGGCGAAUGAAUGGCUACGGACAACUGGGGAAACUGGCAAGCAGUAAUUUGGCCAAGCUCUCUCUGUCCAAUGGAACGUUGACAGCAGACGACAGAAAAACAACAAAUAUCAUCCCUAACUGUGACAACCACAACUGCAAAGUGCAACUGGCCAAUGGAAAGGCUGCCCACCAUGACCCUGUGGACAUUAAGCGCGCUCACAGCUCCAGCAACAUCCAGACUAAGCUGGACUUGACAUUUCGCAGAUGUGCUUCCCUGCAGAGGAACGGAGAGGUAGUGGCUCCUCCAGCUCAUCGCAUGCUGCUCAGCGACAAGCCCAGCUACGCCACUCUGCAGAGGACACGAUACAGCACCACCUCCCUGGUGCCUCUGUGAGAGCCCACAGUGACUGUUAAACCCCAGGACCUGUCCUGUUUUCUACCCACUGCAGCCAGAGGAACAGCAGAAGGAAACGCAGCUGGAAAUCCAGUUGAACUCAUCUCUCUUCUUCUUAGUACUGUUCUAAGUUCUUACCUGUGUGUGUCUUAAACUAAAUCUAUGCAGAGCUGAGUAACUGAGGACGGACGCUACAUGCAACAGUGUGAUUUUCCAAAUCAUUUUGUUGUUUCUGCUGUUGUCACAUUUGUGAGUGUAAAGGUCAGAGCUGAAGUCUUGCCCAUUAUUUGGUAGAUUUUCAUACCUAUUUAUUUUAGAGCAAAAAAAUCUCUUAGGCAUACACUGUAGAAUGAGCUCAAACACGUGGAUCAGAUCUGAACACCUAUGUGGGUGUCAACACUGUACAUCAUUCACUUUCCCAUAUAAUUGCACUUGUCAUAUGUUAAUGCAUUACCACAGCUUCUAUAUUGAGUUACAUUUCUAGUCAGCGACAAAAUUAAGCUGUAUUCGGUGAGUUUGGUACUAAUAGGUUUUACAAAACAGGAAAAAUUUGCGCUUCCAGCUGUUAUCGGAUGUAGUUCAGAUCCCACACACCAGCAGCUCAGCAUCACUACUUAUCGAUCACAUUAUCAUAGUAAUGUUUCAGCCCCAGCCAACGGAAUGUGAAAGGAAUCGUUGUUCAGUUCUGAAAUAUCCAAAAUGGAAAAUGCUCACAUUGAACUGUGAUUGCUGUAUCGCCUCCAAAUUACUUGUAACCGCUGUUUUUGUCCAUGUUUGUUUCACAGUGGUGUGUAUUCUGACCUGCAAAAAAGCACAGUGUGAUUUUUGCAUAAUUUGACAUUUUACUUACAAAUCCCAACAUUCUUAGGUCUGGAGGUGAGUAAAAAGCUCAUUUUGACACCUUUUUUCAUGUAUUGUUUUUAACAAACUAUUCGCUCCAUGAGCAUAUACAACUGAUUUCUCUCCGUAGCUGCAGCACUGAUGUGAAUUUGUUACGGUAUUCGAGCUUUUGCAUCUAAAAAACAAUGCCAAGAGGCAACUGUUUUACAGUCAAUGUUCAGCUGCAUAUUUUCCAUGUUGAGUUCACCGUCUUAAUCACCACAUUUGUGUCCCACCAUGUCUGCUUUUACUGCUGGAGGAUGAAGAUGAGCAAUAUUUAAGAAGGUGUGAAGAAUUUCAAGCGUCUUAAUUUCCCUCUGAUGAUUUAUGUUUGUUUUUCAGAGUGUUUUAGAUACUCUUUUGUUAAUUUAUGUACUGCAGAUUUAUCACAGGUGAAAUUUAGGGAAUGUAAGUCAUUCUGAAUGCAAACUGAUUGGUUACCACUGUAUCUGCUCAUUUACCUAUUGUUUUUAACACAGCGUUUAACUACACUUUAUAGCCAAAAGGAAAUGAAAAGUGAAGGAACCUGUCUGAUAUAUUAUUUGGGAAAUAUAACUAGAAUAUAUUUUAUAAUUAACUUUUUUAAAAGUCUACAUUUUGUACCUGAUGUGUAAUUAUGUAAUUUAAGUAUCAAAUUAGAACAUUAUAAACUGUAUGUUGGAGGUUACUGUAAAUAAA